AGCAUCGCCGCCGACACGGGUCCCAGUUUGAAAGUUGCCCGGCAGCUCCUCCGCGAGCGUGUUCUCCUGACCGUUGCUCCUCUUCGCCGUGUUGCUUCUCGGCGGGCGCACGUAGCAGGCGCUUUUUUCCUCGCGCGCGCGCGCGCGUUGUGUGUGCGCAGAGCGCUGUGUUUGUUAUCUCCGACCGCUCUUGGUGCGAACCCGGGACCCGGCAAAGUCCCUCAGCAGGCCAGCCCGCGGUUGCGGGGUGGCGAAAUAUGGUCCUGUGCGGCGGGCAUGUGGCAGACGAUGACGGCCGCAGGCUGCUACGCAGCACCGAGCAGCUCAACCAGCAGAAGCAAGGCACUGCAUUUCAGCAUGUCAGGGAGAACAUUGAGGACCUCAAUGGGCGUGUGGGUGCUCGGGACACUGACCUCAUCUUUCUUAAGGGUCUCAUGGAAUCACCUGUUAUGAACUGCUUAGUGCAGGUUCAGGAUCAUCUCGAAGAAAAAACUACAACAUUCAAGCCUGUCUCUACAAACAAUGUAGAACUUCUGCGGGAUGUCUGCCAGGCUUGCCGACGGGUCAAUAACCGUGACGCCCAAGAACUUGCCAACAUCCUUAGUGGUCCUCACUUCUCAGCUUUGCUCAAUUCCCAUGAUGCUGUAGCUACGAAAAGCUAUGAACCUGCCAAGUCACUGGCUCUUGAGAAAGAAGCGCCAGCAAUGACACCCGAAACCUUGAAUGACACUAUCAGAAUGGUGGGGAUCAGAAAGAAUGAUGAUGAGCCCUUGGGCAUAACAGUACGGGUGGAGAAUGACAACUUGAUCAUUGCCCGCAUCCUUGCCGGUGGCAUCAUUGACAGGCAAGGGCUACUGCAUAUUGGGGAUACAAUCCUGGAAGUGAAUGGUGUACCAGUCCACACACCUGAACAGCUGCAGCUGCAACUGAAAAAGGCUCAAGGCAGUGUUGCAUUCAAGAUACUUCCCUCUUAUCAAGACAGCCUUCCGACUUUUCAGUGUUUUGUGAAAGCACUGUACACAUAUGAACCAUCGAAGGAUACCCUCCUGCCAUGCAAAGAAAUUGGGCUUGCCUUCAAGCAAGGUGACAUUCUGCAAGUGCUCAAUCAGGAGGACCCGAAUUGGUGGCAGGCCAGAAGGGUCUCUGCCUCAGGUCCAGCUGGCCUUAUUCCAUCUCAGGAACUUGAGGAACGAAGACGAGCUUUUGUGCGGCCAGAGUAUGACUAUGCAACAAAGACAAAAAUGUGCGGCACAAAGAUUACAAAGAAGAAGAGGAAAACAAUGUACGAAAGCAAGGCAUCAGCAGAGUUUGAAAAAGCUGAGCUGCUGCUGUAUGAAGAGGUUGCUCGGAUGCCACCAUUUGAGCGCAAGACACUAGUACUUGUUGGAGCACGAGGUGUUGGCAGACGUUCACUGAAGAAUAAGCUGAUCAGCUAUGACCCUGUGCGCUUUGGAACACCACUUCCCCACACAUCUCGACCUAUCCGGGAGACAGAAACGGAUGGCAAAGUAUAUUAUUUUGUAUCACGAGAGGUGAUGGAAGCUGACAUAGCUGACAACAAGUACCUUGAAUGGGGCGAGCAUAGUGGUCACCUCUAUGGCACCAAGCUGGACACCCUGCGUGCUGUCAUCCGCUCCGGAAAGAUGUGUGUAGUGGACUGCAGCCCCCAGUAUCUGAAGAUCUUGAACACGCCUGAGUUCAUGCCUUAUGUUGUCUUCAUUGCUGCGCCUCAGCUGGAGCACUUUCGGCAGAUGCAUGAAUAUGGACGUCAUCAUGGAUAUGGAAGCAGCCGCAACCUGACGUUUGACCGAGCCAUGAGUCGACAUGGUUCACGACGGGCAAGAACACUUGAAAGCUUGGCAUCUCUCCAGGAGGAUGAAGAUCUCAAGAGGACCAUUGAGGAAAGUGCCCAACUUCAAAGAGCGUAUGAGCGAUAUUUUGACACAGUGCUUGUGAACAACAACUUUGAGAAGACCUUUGAACAGCUCAAGGAUGUGAUUGAUUCAUUAUCAACAGAUCCUCAGUGGGUUCCCAUUUCAUGGGUUUACUGAGAUUUCCUUUUGCUAGUUUUAUGCAGUUGAAAGUUUUAAAGUGACCUGGUUUUAGUCGGCCCAUGCAAAUGAACUGUGUCAACAGUAAGAAAUUAAACAUCUGAAAGUCUUUUAAGAUUUUAAAAGCCAUUCUUUAAGAUAAUGAGUUGAUGCUGAUACCCAGUAUGUCUAAUUCAGCAGUCAUACGAGGGAGGACCCAAAGUACCAAGAAUUACUUUUGCUUAAUUAGCAUAGUGCUUCUAACACUCCCAAAGAUUAAUCACCUUCAAACACUCCCUUUGAGGUGCAAUGGAUUUUUCCCACUGCUUUAUCUAUUGUUCAAAAUUGCACAGCAACUCCUGCAAACCGAUGCCCCCCAGUGCUUUCAUUGUUUUCUUCUUUACCUUCUCCACAUCUUGAAAACACUUUUGUUGAAUUAGUUUCACUUUUGGAGAUGAGUCGCAAAAGGUAAAUUACGACGAGUAUAGGGAGAAUGAGGCUGCAUUGUCAUCUCAUUUUUGUUAGAAAGUGUUGCACAUUCAGUGCUAUACAGGCGGGAGUGUUGUCAUGGGGCACAAGCCACUUGCCUGUGUUCCACAGAUUGAGGUGUUUUCUUUGAACUACAUCACAUAACUGCUUGAGCAUUUCAGUGUAAGAAUGCUGAUUGGCUGUCUGACCUUGUGGUACAAAUUUAAAGACCACAAGCCCUUUGAUAUAAAAAAAGAAUUUCACAAAUGGGAACGGAACUUGAGGCACACCUGUUGCUCUUUUACAUCCACUAUCACAAAACUGAUGCAGACAGCGACAGAGGCUCAAAAGAAAGAAAUGCAGUGAGCAUGUGAAACUUUACACAAGAACGCUGCUUGGCCAACCAAUGGAGUUAAUAGUGGAAUAUGUGUACCAGUGGCGCAGAUUGGUAUUAAAUCUCCUUUUGCCUCAGUGAAACAAUUCUCAUUACUUUUGGGUCCCCUCUCUUAUGGUAGCUAUACGUACAUAAAAAAGGCAUUCAGGUUGUGUUCUACUUUUUGUGUUGUGCUUAGCUCUGUUUGCAUGCUUAGCACAUGCCAUAAUUCAAUACGGAUGAAUCUCAUUAUUUUUUUACUGUGUGACACGGCUCUUUCUCAUGUCACUUGUGUUUUGAAACCUGAAAACGUAUGUUGCACAGUGCUUGCCAGAGCCAUGCUAACUCCGUCCAUUUGCCUAAUAUUUGGCAUUUUAAUAGCUGUGAUGGCUGUGGCAAGUACCAGAGCAGCUCUUAAAUACUGCAUCUAGGCAUUUAACUAGACAACAUUUUGUUGGCCAAAUGAGGAAUCUCAGAGAUAGCUGCCUGAGCAGUGUUGUUUUACAUCAGAUGCAGUCCUUUGUGUUGUGCAUUCCAUUUUAAAGCUGUUUGUUGAUUUUGCUCCUUGCUUACUAUUACAGUAUGUGCAUAGUUCCCCUUAUGCAAAGGGUGAAGUGUCCUUUUUUGUGUGUUUGUGAGUGUGCUUGUGUGCGCAUGUGUUGAGUGAACACAUGCGUCUUGCCACUUUUUUAUAACCGGUGAUGCCACCUGAAACAUUACACACACAUCACUCACCAUACAGCAUAUCAUCUGCAUCCAGUUCCACGUGGAGCACACUAAUGUUUGACUGUUGCUCUUUUGUUUACCAGUGGCUUACCAGUGAAACCACAAGCCAUUUCUGUCAUUGAUACUUCUGUCAUGUUAUUAAUAUGUAAUAUUGAAUGCUGCAGUAAGACAAUAAAACAGGAGUUUAAUUGUUGUCAACAUUUCUUAUAAUUAUAUGCCUUUAAAGCACACAUGAUUUCCGGUUUCAAUCCUAGCCGUGGCGAUCACAUUCUGAUAAGAGUGGAAUGCAAAAAGUGCUCAUGUACAGUGCGUUGGGUGCACAUUAAAGAGCCCCAGGUGGUCAAAAUUAAUAUGAAAUCCCCCACUGCGACGUGGCUCAUAAUCGGAUCAUUGCUUUAAUUGGCACUCGAAACUCCAGGAUAUUAAGCACACAUGGUUUCAGUUGAUACAUAUUUUGCUUUGUUGUAAUUUAAGUGUUACAGUUAGGUGAAAUUCGUAGCUCUUUGCUUGUGACACAACAGUUUUUGUAAUUAUUAUUGAUGCCUUGCAUUAGUGAUGACAAAAAAAAAAUUAAUCUGCACAUCUGUUGCUAAGCCUGCCAGUUUGCAUGGGCAAUGUUAGAAGUCUGGCUUAAACAAAUGAUGUGCACCCUAUUUUAGAUGUUUCUAGGUAACUUCGGGCAAUGGUGCUGCAAUUUAGUGUGGCAUGCUUGCUUGCAGUGCUCAGUAGAUUGGUGCUCCCUGGAGCAAGGCAUAUGGUGGCACAAGAAUGAGAAAGUGUUGCAGGUAUGAUGAAUAUACUUAAUACAGUAGAGUACCUGUGAGCAGCCCUGCUUUUUUCAUUUUUUUUUCUUUUUGUGGCUGGAAUGAUACGGUAAGGUAGUGCGAGUGAUCAUUGGUGCUCACAUGGUCAUUAUAUGUGUGUAGUUUUAUGAAAUGCAUUCUGCAGAAUUUCACACUGGGUGCUGCCUGUGAGCAAAGAUCAAAUGCAUUCUAGGUUUUGGCUAUGUGUGAUUGUAGCUGUAUUUUUGUAUUCAUAGAUUAAAUGCACAUUUUGAUACCACGGUGAUAACAAGGUGCAACAGCAACACUUUGUCAUUUGACGAGUGCUCAGGUAUUCAGAUGAAUCAUAACAGAGGAAGUAGUAAUAACCAAGAGUAAUAUGCUUCUAGCAUAAUCAUAUUUUUUGCGAGAGUAGUAAUCUUACUUUAUCUAGAAACCUGUGAAUUUCAACACGUAGUUGUGGAUAUUCUUAUAUAUGACGUUCUGUAAGCUGAAGCAUUGAACACUUGAGCUUGUAAUAGUUGAAAAUAUUGUCUUGCCCUGUAAAAUGUAUCUUGUGGUAAGACUGCGUUUACUGACACAUGUAAUUGAAAUGAAUUUUUGUGUAGAGGUGCAACACAUUUUACAUCAUCAUCUGCUACUGAUUACGUGCCAUGCAGAAUUCUGAUGUAAAUUUGUAUGAUGACCAAGUGCAGUCUAUUUUUUUAGAGAACCUUGAUGUACUUUUGAGGGGCUUUCAUUUCAAGAAUGAAGCAUGUUUUUUUUUAUACCUUGUGUAGAUAUUCUUUUGCUACAAGUGUUCCAUGCACUCAUUCAGAUGAACUAUAUUCUGGGGAAAAAAUUGAGUAAUGUGAUGUAUGUAAGAGGACUUUGUAUGAUUGAAUUAAUUUGGUUGCCUUUAUUUAGUGUUCAAUUGAGGAUUUAUUUUCUGCACCUGGAUUUAGAAGUGGCACUUGUGGAAAGCUUGCAUAUGUAUAGAAGAAACAUUUGGUAUUAAUUGGUCAAAUAUUGUUCAAAUUCUGUGCCACUUGCAUUUGUUGCAGAGUUUCCCAGUUGAGAAUUCUAGGUAAAAGAAUUGUUGCAGGUUGACUUCCUGCUGUUGUCACAUAAUUACGUGCAAAUAAAAAUGUUUCAUUACAUGCUAUAGAAGCCUAUUGUAGCUAAAUACUUUAGCUUAACACUGAUGAAAAGCGGGCUUCUGGGUUGAUUAGAUACCAUUCACCUUUAGUUCAUGAAGCUGUAGAAACGUCAUGGCACAUAGUUGUGUUACUGUAUCUGUGACUCUUAGUGCCAGGUAGCUACUUCAUGAAUAGCAACCAGGCACUUUUGGUUGUGGUUUAGGUACAUUGUGCCUUAUUUUUUAUUGCCCUGAACUGUUUCCCUGCUGUAUUACUGGGAUGUGGCAAAACAUGUCUCAAGAGUGGAAUAUAGUUCUUUAAUACACAUACAUUUUAUUGUUUAGUCAUACCUUAAUAACAUCAACAGAAUUAUGACUGCAAUUUGGAGCCACUGCAUUAGAAACAGAUCUCACAAUGCUUGAAGAUGCUGUUGCAUUGCAGAUGAAACAGACUGGAAGUACGCUUUCAAGGCACUAUACAGCCAUUCUCUUUUUACAUUUGUGCUCGAAUUUUCAUUUGUUAGUUCACAUGUCUUGUAUAUCUGAGGUCUUUACAACUGAGAUUUUUAUAGACCUGUUACCUGGUUGCCAUUCUGGCAUCAUCCGUCCAGAGGUGUGCCUUUGACAGCUGCACAAUAAAGUUGUGUUGCAUUCAUGCCAAAA